CCCAGCUCUAUGAAAACAAAGCUUAAUUUCCAAGAAAACCUUUUAUUUUCCAGCCUCUGAAGAUCAUAGCUUUUAAUUGCGAGCCAAGUCAGGGCCCCUGGGUGCCCCUCUGCCGAGCAUUGCGGUGUCCAAGAGGCAGAUCUGGUGAGGUUGUUUAUCUAUAGUAUUGAGGGGGGGGGACCUUGAAACGGCCGAUGUCCCAUUUCCUCUGUUGUUUUGCUUCUUUUAGCCCAGCGUUCUCCAUGUUGAAACAAUUCUGAGAUUUGGGUUCUGAUCUCUCUCUAUGUAUCAACCUACCUGCUGGGCUGAUUUAUUAUAUAUUAUAUAUAUAUACAGCUUUUUAGUGCAUGCCUUUUCCCCCCUCUCCAUAGAUUGCAAGCUGUAGGAUUGCAAUAGGGGGGAGAGAGAGAGGUAGUAACAAGGAAUUUUUCAGAGAGAGAAAGAGAGGUACAGGAUCCAGAUCUGGAGAAGAAGAGAAGCUCAGCACUGGAUCUGUGCAAGUCUUAGAUGGAAAGCAGCUGCAUGAUCACUCAAGUAACGAGAGAAGAGGCGCUUGUGCAUCCUAAGCAAGGACUGGUGGCCAAAAACUCCCUGAAGAAGCCUCGAAAUCGGAGCAUCUUCAAGGCUCUUUUCUGUUGCCUUAGCGCGCAGAAUGUCAGCCGACCAGGAGGCUCCAGCGAGCCUCCAACGCAAAAGGAAGAGGCAAACUCAACCCCAAAGUCGGACUUACUCCAGUGUCUCCAGUAUCAGUUCUAUCAGAUUCCAGGUACCUCUUUACUACCAGAGGUAGCACCAAAGGAUAAAGGGAAGAUAUGCAUGGUGAUUGAUUUGGAUGAAACACUGGUUCAUAGCUCUUUUAAGCCAAUCAGCAAUGCAGAUUUUAUAGUACCUGUGGAGAUUGAGGGAACAACACAUCAGGUUUAUGUUCUAAAGAGGCCUUAUGUGGAUGAGUUUCUAGAAAGAAUGGGCGAUCUGUAUGAGUGUGUAUUGUUCACUGCCAGUCUUGCCAAGUACGCAGACCCAGUGACAGACCUUCUAGAUAAGCAUGGAGUCUUCCGAUCACGUCUCUUCAGGGAAGCCUGCGUGUUCCACCAAGGCUGCUAUGUCAAGGAUCUGAGCCGAUUGGGGAGAGACCUAAAGAAAACAAUCAUUUUAGACAACUCUCCAGCAUCGUACAUCUUCCAUCCAGAAAAUGCAGUACCAGUACAGUCUUGGUUUGACGAUAUGGGGGACACCGAGCUUCUGAGCUUAAUCCCGAUCUUCGAGGAGCUCAGUGAUUCUGAGGACAUUUAUACAAGUCUUGGGCAAUUACGAGCGCCAUGAGGUCCCUCCACUUGCCUUCCCUUUUUUUCAGGGGACUUUUUAUAUCUUAAUAUUCUUUCAGAAACAAAAUGUCUUUAAAAACAAAUUCUCACUCGCAGUGCCUUUGGCCUCAGAGGAAGAGGAACAGAAGGGGAGUUUCUGAUGUGGGAAUUUCUCGCAAAUGUGAGAAAUAAAAUUAAUUCUCUCCCUGGACUUUACCAAGCAAAGCAGCUAUGACUUACACUCCUAGUAGCUAGCGUGUCUUGCGGCAUGCUGGCAUCGAAUGCAGGGAUACAUAAAUGCCAUUUCUUUGGUGCACUGGUAGGAGGAAGUGUCCUUUUUAUUUGAUAAUGGUACUAUGUACCUAAAUUCUAAUUCUGCUGCAUCUCCAGUGCUACACAGUAUCGUUCCCUCAGCUCUUUUGUACACUGUUGAGGUACAUCCACCUGAAAGUGUCCUGGGCUAUCAUACUGAUUAGUGAAUGAACACCACCAGUACUCACAGUAACUGCUACUUGAUGACGUACAUGUGCCCCCACUAGGUAUUAAGGGCUCAGAUCAAAAAUUAUGUGGGGAAAUCUGAUUUUCAUAGGUAUGGUUGAUGGCACCAUGCACGAGCGUGGGAAGGUGCUAAUAUUCAAUCAAGAGUAUGUCCUCUUUGAAGAGAACUGGUCACUUAAACAGUGUUUUAGAUAAAUGUAUAGAGCAAUAAUAAAAUAAAAAAAUAUCAAAACAUUGUGAUAACAACAGAAUUGCAAGGAAGCAUGAAUAAAAUACUAAUGGUUUGAAGUCUGACACCAACCAUUUUAUGACCUCACUUUGAGCCCUCUACGCAAAUGAAUUAUCCAUGGCAAAGGAUCGUUUGCUGAAAGGUUGGCGCAGUGAUGGCAUGAAGAAAGAAAGGAAUCAGCCAAGUUAUAUAUAUCUAUAUACAUGUUUUUAUUUAUUUCUUUUCUUCUGCAUAACUGUUAACACAUGCUAUGAGGUGGCAGUGUCCCUUUCCAUUAAAGCUCAUCAUCUUUUCUGAUGAUUAUCGUUCCCAGUGAUUGCAUCAUCGUCAUGGUGGCUGUCAUCAAAGGAAAAUAGAUUUACUCAAUAUCAAAAAGUACAUCAUAAGAUUCACAAAUUCCCCGGAACUUUGCCCACAUUGUGCCAUCAACCGUUGCAGUAAGCACACACAUUCAUUUAAUCACCUCGGCAAAUAUUUAUAAUUUCCAUACGUUAUACCAAAUUUUUACAUAUCAGGAUUUCCAGUGCCAAUUUUGAACAAGCCAAGGGGAAUCCAGGUAUACGUAUAUUUUUGGGAAUGUUAUAGAUGCUCUCACAAAAUUGGAAAAGGCAUGUUUCCUUCGACUUCCCGCAUAUGGAGUUUGAUUGCAGUGCAAUGACAGUGUAGCUGACACUUUUCACGACCUCCUGUUUGGCUGGAAAGUUGAAUUUACUAGUCUAGUUAUUUUAUAAAGCAAAGCCUUAUGUGCUUCUGAAGCUGUAGUCAUUUGAUUUGACAGCACAGCUCAUUGAUACUUGUAAUGCCAUUCGUAACACUGGAUAGAUCCAAAGAAAUGCAUUACAAUUCCGUACUAGAUUCUCCCUAUUAAAUUUCUAAAACUACAAGCGCAUUCUCUGCUUGUUUAACUUGGUAUUUAACCAAUAUUCAGGAAACCGUGGAUAAUUGAUCAUUUUGUGGUAUUUGGUCCAAAAAGUAAAAAAAAACAAUAAUUUUCAUGUUAUUCGGCUGCUCAGCCAUUCGUCUUGUGUAACUUGAAACAAAAUAUAAUUGUCUACUGGCUCCUAAUGGGAAUCUCAAUAGCUUUAUUUUGAGGUUAAGAUCUAUGGAUUAAUUAACUUGUAUUUUUGUUUUUAACUAAACUUUUAUUGAAAAGUGGUGCUUAACUAUAUUAACCGUAUGAGUACCAGGGAUGAGCUUAUAUACAUUUUAUACUGUUCCAUCAACUAGCACUCAUAAGGUUAAGUGUUUAUGCCCCAAGGACCAUGCACUAAAAGGCAGUGCCUUAUUAUAGUAAGGGAAUUUAUUAUAUAUCUUAUAAUUCCACCUAGCUUAUUUAGUAACAGGAAUCUUGUUUAAGUGAAUCUGACAUGCAUUUUUAGCAUAUUUUGGCCAUGAUAACACUUUUCUCAGAAUUCCUAGUCAUGACAGAUUCUUCUAUUAAUUCUCUCCAUGCUGCAUUUUAUUUCUGAUAUUUCCUGAUUUCCAAUCAUUAUGUAAAUAGUGAGACUCCAGGAAGCCAAUUUACAAUCUAAUUGGCCAGGAAGAGAGGCCUGUAUGAUAAAGUAGCCACCACAUGCACACAACGUAAAAAUGGGACACAUCAUAGGGAAUAAAAAAAACCUCUAAAUUUGAAUUUUAUUAUUCUGAAAACAAAAUGACAAAUUUUCUUUUAAUAAUAAUCUUCAUUUUUACUAUUCUUUUAUGUUGUCAAUUUAUGUCAAAUGUUUUUUUUGUUUUUGAUUGCUGUGUUCUUGGAAUCAUGUGGUCAGCUUUGUUCCAAGUUCUUUAGUCUCCCAUAUCGAUAGACCUGUGCUAUACAGCUAUUUUAUCACACUAAUUAGCUAACAGUGUUGUAUGCCUGUCGUUGAAUAAUCUGUAAAGAUACAUAUACCCAGUUAGACAAAAGAUGUAUUUAGUCUGCUGUCGGGACACACAAAAUCUAUGUAUUUAAGAUCCAUAAAAUCGGACUUCACACAAGUUUGUAGAAUUUUGGAGUCGAAAUAAGACGUCCAUAGAUUUAUAUAGAAAUAUUUGGACAUGGGAUGUCAACAGUAAAAAAUGUAUAGAUGGUGUGGAUCCUGUAGGCAAGACUGACUGCAUUCUCUGUAAAAGCAACGAUUCGUCUACAUUCUGAGACUGUUAUAAUGAAGCAAUCAUGAACAAUUUAGUUAGAAAUUAAUAGAAGUGGGGACACAAGCCCAUUUAUAUUCAAUCUUUAACACGUUCCUAAAUUUGCUGUUGGUCUUAAAGAAGGUACAAAUCCCUACUUUAACCUGUUUUUAAUUGUCACAAAAAAAGUAAAAUAAACCUUAACUUCCUAAAGUCCACAUGCUAUUGAUAAUACACACUUUACAACUUUUGUUUUAUUCUUUACCAAAAGAAAGGAUACACAUGGAGGAGCCACUGAUUGGUGAAUACAUGGCUAUUUAAAGAUACUACUAGCUCUUCAAGCAACAUUUGAUAGUCUUCGUACUUGAAUAUUCUAGAGAUGGUGGACUGCAUGUUAUUCACAAAAAAUGAAACCUGUUAGGAGCCUUAUGUGGUGUGCUGCACUGGCUGGGUUAAUUCAGAUUUGUUUUUUCUUUUCGUCUGCCAACACUACAUCGCCAUUAUUAUAUUGUAUCUUCAUGGAGUACAGUGUGAGAAUAAUUAAGUCAAUGCAAUGUCAUUUUGCUGGCAAAAAGAAAGUUUUGGUGUAAGUGUCCUUGAGAAUCCUGCUAGACAUCUGAAGACGUUUUAUACAUGUGAACACCCCCUCAAUGUUAUUUAGAAUUGGGACAUUGCUGUCUUCUCCUGCAUUGUGGGGAACCCAAACUUUAAAACUAGGGUUUCCAAUAGGCGUUCUGGGGAGUAGUAGUUUAACUGGAGAACUACCUAUUGCCAACUCUGUCUUUAUAAGAUAUACAGGAUUGUUUUUGAAAUGUCUGCAUGGACUUCUAAAAUGUGUGACAUGGUGGUGUAUGCUAUGUCAGCCUCCUUAAAUUUACCUUUGUAAAACAAACGACAAAUGUACAUUCCUGUGACCGCCUUAUACAUGGUAUCUGGUACGCUUUCUAGGUUUUUUUUUUUGUUUUUUUUUUCCUCUGGGUGGUCGUUUAAACAAUUGCUGGAUUAAGCCAUUCUGGGCAUUGCUCAUAACCCUUCUUUCAUUCAAACUUUAAAAUUUUCUCCAGAAUUGAAUGGCUUUAUAACUUGAAAUGUGUAAGGACUCUUACAGAGCAUGUAAUAAAAAUCUAUUUUUAUGCCCUUAA